AUGGCUUCUACGAACGCAAGAAGUACCUCUUUUAUUCAGACUAAUUACAUUUAGCGGAUGUCCUCGGCUUCAUGACUCGUCAAAAUCGACCAUACAGUCUCAAUGAUAUCGUUGCUGCACUACAAAAUACACACGGAAAAGCAGUAAGCUGUCCAUCCCCUGUCAUCCGUCCCGUCCCGCAGGCAAUAUCUAAGGCUGUUGAUGAUUUGGUCAAUGAGGAUGCCCUGUAUGAAAAGCUGAACGGCAAACAGAAGGUAUUUGUCAUACCUCAGUCUACUCUUCCUCGACCCGAUGACAACGAAUUGAUGGCCAUGGACGGCCAAAUUGAAUCACUGACGAACACCUUGAAAGAAAUACAGGAGAGCAUAAAAUCUGCAGAAGCCGGUACAUACAGUGCUCACUCCUUCUCCUAACCUUAACAGAACUCAAACUAGUCGAAUCCAGCCUCUCCAUCGACGAGGCUCGGCAGGAGAACGCGAAAAUAGAGGCUGAGGUUUGUCUAAUUUCUUGAACUGUUUUCAUCUACUCGCCCUUCGGGCACGAUAUCACCCUUUCUACCUUUGCUCAGCAUCGCAUUAUCCAUUUCAGAUUGAAUCGGUAAAAAAAUCCAUUGCCUCUCUCGAUUCGCAAGAGGUACAAAUUUCCCCUGAGGACUUCACCAAGGUCAGUUCCACAGUCCUUCAACACCCAGCAUGCACUACACCUCGGGGACGGUGCACUGAAAAUCUUGAAUCUCUACUCACGUUUUCGAAUCACUUAAUAAUUACUGUUUUCGUUUACCGACUUUAAGUGCUUAUAUAACUUUAUUUCACCAUUCGAAACAGAUGACGCUCUAAAUCUGAACACGCGCAUGAGUUUCGAGAGACGGACGCUAUGAUAGGUCAGCCACUGCGACACUGCCACGUUCGCUAAGUAUAGUGGAUCUGACGAGUUUAUUAGCCACUACAGUCAACUGAAGCUUAGAGGCUGGCCGACUGACAGAAUAGGCGUAUGUUUCACUGGCUCCUUAGUGUGGCAGAUGUGAGACCGAGUUGAUUACUUCUUACCAAGUGUGUGCGACACGCGUAAAGAGGGCUUCAUGCUAGAUAAACCUCGGCGUCCGCUCCUUUGUGACAGGUCAAACUUCCAGGCAGACAAUUAGUGGCGCAUGUGAACUCUAAUAGGAAUACUUUUAAUGCGACAAACUUUCUUUAAGUGCCUUUUAUUUUAGUAAAAACGCUCGGGUUAUCAUACAUUACCCGACUUCCUUUUACUCGUCUUUGAUACCCAAGCCUAGUCGUUUGCACAGACAGCGCCUCCGGUUCUCCUGGUUUUUGUUGGGCAUACGCACUAGUGAUGCGGUCGAGACAGCAUUUCUACGGCCGUAUAAGCAUUGCGUGAGUGGCACUUCAAACUGACGGCCAUAACUUUCAUGAAUUCUCCUACUUAGACGCAGCGACCUCUCCCCGCCCGUCUUGUUUCAAGUCGGAGAGCAGAUCUUUAACCGCAUCGCGUUUCGGCCUUGUCUUUGGACCAGAAGUCAUAUACUGCAGAAAAACGAUAGUUGAACUGUAAGACUAUGCCGAUAGCAUUGACUGCUUGGUUCACGUCUACACCCCUGAACGACCGUGAAUUCCAGCCCACGCCCGCUCUUUCUAAGGUUCCGGUUGUUUCUCGCACAUAAUUUACCCGGUUAGGUGUGCUUUACUCCUUGACUUUUAGGCUGAAAAGCGGUGCCAGGCGGCAGUAUCUGAGUGGAAGAAGCGAAAACGUAUGGUAAGUCCCAGUUCCUUAUGAAGAUUACGGUUUAUAGCCACCCCUCCACUUGGCUUUUAUCCCGAAGCUUGGUUAGCACCUAUUUCCACUCUCCGUUUGUAGGCCAUGGAAAUAAUUGAUGCGGUUGCUGAGGGCUAUCCAAAGAGCCGGCGACAGAUGAUGGUAAGGUGUUGUUACGUUAUAUGAAGCCUUCUGCCCAUCGAAUGUCUCUCUCAACUCGGCGACUUGUCUGCACGCGACAUAUUACCGCAAGCAGCUGUUAGUCUGUUCAGUCUCCAAGUGGUGUAGCUUAAGCCGCUAUGGAAUGUCAAAGCCAUAAUAGUUAUGACUAGAAAGGAGGAGAAAGCAGGUGAAGCUGCAUUUCUACGGGCACGCGCUUGGGAUCGUGUUGUUCAGACUCUCGUAGCUUUGAAAUUCUCAUUGUGACAGAACGACGUCUAGAAGAGAAUUAUGCACACAUCCCUUCUACUGUAGGAGGACAUGGGUGUAGAAACAGACGAGGAUCGGGGUGUUUCCCUGUCGGCGUUCCUUUGA